GACCCCCGGCCCGCGGACUCUCCUCUCCCCACGCGCGCCCCGGCCUUCCCGGCCGCUCUGCCUCCUUCCUGCUCUCCUCCUCGCGCCUCGGCUUCCGUGCGCGCAGAACGCUGCGCCCGGCCGGCGUGCCUCGCGCCCUAACGGGCGGCCGGGGGCUCCAAUCAGCGGGCGGCAGGGUGCCAGCCCCGGGGCUGCGCCGGCGAAUCGGCGGGGCCCGCGGCCCGGGGUGGGAGGCGGGUCUACCGCGCGGCCGCGGCGGCGGCGGAGAAGCAGCUCCCAGCCAGCAGCUAGCGAGCGCCGAGCUAGCCGCCCGGAGGUCAGAUAAAGGAGGACAUUUUCUCAGUGUGGAUUGCCAUCUUUGAUAAGAACAUGUCAUCCAUCUUGCCAUUCACUCCCCCGGUUGUGAAGAGACUCCUGGGAUGGAAAAAAUCAGCUAGUGGAUCUGGAGGAGCCGGUGGAGGAGAGCAGAAUGGACAGGAAGAAAAGUGGUGUGAAAAAGCAGUGAAAAGUCUGGUGAAGAAGCUAAAGAAAACAGGACGAUUAGAUGAGCUUGAGAAAGCCAUCACCACUCAGAACUGUAAUACUAAAUGUGUUACUAUACCAAGCACUUGCUCUGAGAUUUGGGGACUGAGUACACCAAAUACGAUAGAUCAGUGGGAUACAACAGGCCUUUACAACUUCUCUGAACAAACCAGGUCUCUUGAUGGUCGUCUUCAGGUAUCUCACAGGAAAGGACUGCCUCAUGUUAUAUAUUGCCGGCUGUGGCGCUGGCCUGAUCUUCACAGUCAUCAUGAGCUCAAAGCGAUUGAAAAUUGCGAAUAUGCUUUUAAUCUUAAAAAGGAUGAAGUAUGUGUAAACCCUUACCACUACCAGAGAGUUGAGACACCAGUUUUGCCUCCGGUAUUAGUACCUCGACACACUGAGAUCCUAACAGAACUACCACCUCUGGAUGACUACACCCACUCCAUUCCAGAAAACACUAAUUUCCCAGCAGGAAUAGAGCCACAGAGUAAUUACAUCCCAGAAACACCACCUCCUGGAUAUAUCAGUGAAGAUGGAGAAACAAGUGAUCAACAGCUAAACCAAAGUAUGGAUACAGGCUCUCCCGCAGAACUGUCUCCUACUACUCUUUCUCCUGUUAAUCAUAGCUUGGAUCUGCAGCCGGUUACUUACUCAGAACCUGCAUUUUGGUGUUCAAUAGCCUAUUAUGAAUUAAACCAGAGGGUUGGAGAGACCUUCCAUGCAUCACAGCCCUCACUCACGGUAGACGGUUUCACAGAUCCAUCAAAUUCAGAGAGGUUCUGUUUAGGUUUACUGUCCAACGUCAACCGAAAUGCUACAGUAGAAAUGACCAGAAGACAUAUAGGAAGAGGCGUGCGCUUAUAUUACAUAGGUGGGGAAGUUUUUGCUGAGUGCCUCAGUGAUAGUGCAAUCUUUGUCCAGAGCCCUAACUGUAAUCAGAGAUACGGCUGGCACCCUGCAACAGUGUGUAAAAUUCCACCAGGUUGUAAUUUGAAAAUCUUCAACAACCAGGAAUUUGCUGCUCUUCUGGCUCAGUCUGUUAACCAGGGUUUUGAAGCUGUGUAUCAGUUAACUAGAAUGUGCACCAUAAGAAUGAGUUUUGUGAAAGGAUGGGGAGCAGAAUACCGAAGGCAGACAGUAACAAGCACUCCUUGCUGGAUUGAACUUCAUCUGAAUGGACCUCUCCAAUGGUUGGACAAAGUAUUAACUCAGAUGGGAUCCCCUUCAGUACGUUGCUCAAGCAUGUCAUAAAGCUUCGUCACCAAGCAAGUCCCAUCAAAAGACUCAAUAGAACAACUCUCCUCUCAUAGUAUUUGUGUGUGGUUCCCAUGGACUGUUUCCUAUCCAAAAAUGCAAGAGAGAAAACAGCACUUGAGGUCUCAUCAACUAAAGCACCUUGUGGAAUCAGUUUCCUGUAUCCAAAUAUUAGAUGGGAAAAUUAGUGUCUAGAAAUACUCUCUCAUAAAGGAGGAUGAGAAGAUUUUAAAGACUUUCUGAUAUCUUCUUGGGCAUAAAACUCAGUGUCCCCAAAGUUUCUUAAUAACAGUAGUAGUAACGUGUACAGGUAAUGUAUCAAGAUCCAGUAUCACAGUGUUGUGCUGUCUAUAUACAUUUUUAGUUUGCAUAAAAUAGGUGUGUGUGUAUGUGUGUGUGUGCGGCUUCUUGAUUUAGGCAAGCCUUUAUAAAGUUACAGUACCUAAUCUGUUAUCCCCAUUUCUCCGUUAUUCUUGUGUGUCUUUUUUAAUAUAUAAUAUAUAUCAAAAAUUUUCAAAUUACCAAUUAGAAGCAGAUUUCCCUUGUAGAAAAACUAAUUUUUCUGCCUUUUACCAAAAAUAAACUCUUGGGGGAAGAGAAGUGGAUUAAGUUUUGAUAUCCUUGACCUUAAUGUUAAUAUGUUUAGUGAAUCUUAAACAUUCAUUGUGUGUUUACGUACUGCUAAAUCUUCUCAAAAAACUCUUGCUGAGAAUCUUUCCAGAUCUGUUCUCCAUCCCAUUUGUCCUCAUAUCCAAACAGCAUUGCAUGAGACCCAUAACAUUAAUGGUGACUUUGAGCACCAGUUAAUUCUGAGGGCACACAGUAAAAAUCCAUAUGCAGUAGGUCCAUGUAUCUUACACCAAAUUCAGACUGAGAAAAAUUGACUUGUGUAAACUAGUAGUCUAUUGGCUUGUCUUCACACCUCAUUAAAAAAAAAAAAUGCAAAGGCAACAAUUCUAAAACAAAAUCUCUAGAUCUGAACGCUGUAUUUUAAAUGCUUUAAUAGUGGAUCUUAAUGUUCUUUGGUGUGAGUGAUUUCAUUAGUUGCCAGAUUGUAUUAUGAAAUGGACUCUUCGUAAAUGUAAUUGCUUCAGCAAAAUACCUAGAAAAGUGAUACUGAGGUAAGGUCAGCAGAUAAGGGCCAUCUGUUCUAAAACUAUGUUGUAUUCAAUUUGUGAAAAUUGUUUUGCAUAACUGAAUUCAGAAUUUUAAAAAUUGGGAGGAGCAGUUUAGCAAGUUUUUAAAAUUAUAGUGUGAGCAGUUCUUAACUAAUCUUGAUAUAUGGUUGACUAUUUUAUGCUCAAUAGUGAAAAAACACUUCAGAAUCUCUUCUGGUAGUCCUGUCUACCAGCAAAUAAUCCUGUCUAAUGUUAACUCAUUGCAAUUUAAACAUUUCUUGUUUGCAUCUCAAUAGAAAUGGAGAAUAGCCACUUUUGAUCCCCUGUUAGUAAAUGUUCAUAUUUUGGAAGAUAUAUUUGGUACUUGUUCUUUGAAAUCAUAUUUACGUGUCUCUGCAGGUAACAUUUUCAGUACUUUCAAUAUUUGAUUGUUUUCUAUUAGAUAUUGCCCCCAUUUUCCUAUAUUUGUGUAUAUGUGUUUGUGUAAACUUGAUAUAGUAAUUUUUUACUCAUUCAACAAAUAUUUAUUGUUCACCAGUCAUGUGAACAGAAGUGCCAGGAACUUUCUUACUAGCCUUUGGGUAAUGGUGAACAAGAUAUGGGCCCUGCCUUUGCUGAGAUAACAGUUAAAAUAAUUUUUAACCAGCUUAUUUGCCACUGAAAGAGAUAAACAGGGUACUGUUGUAGAGCAUAACAGAGGGUAAAGGUCUUUAAGGAAGAGAUGCUUGAGCUAACACUUGAGUGAGAAGCAAAUCAUGUCCAGAAUCAGGAGACAGGCAUUCCUGACAAGAAGGUGCAGCAAAGUCAAAGGCUAUUUUAAAGUAAACUCACUCUUAUGUAUUGAUGCUUUAUAAUAAAACCUCUGCAUUGAUCCACAUUUGAGGAUCAGAGUGGUUCUACCAUUAUAAUAGUUGAAGGUGGCCUUAUUUUGUGAUAGACUGCUUCAUAUUUUAUUCCCACUUUUCUUCCUCAAGUCUUUGCUGUAAAGUUGUUUGUCAUUACCCAGGUCACUACCACUUAAUUUAGCAACCCUCUCUCUAAUUAUUUUCCUUUGGCAAAUUUUGACCAUUCUAGUGACUAGCUGUUACCCGUAACUGUUGCUGAUUUUAUAUCCCAUCUUGUGAUUAAAAUUAAUUUCCCAAGUAUUACCACCGUCAGACCUGCUGGAUAGACCAGUGGAACCUCUGCCCUUUGGAAGUAUUUACUUACUUGAAAACUUACAGUGAUGUUUAGAGAACACAACUCUGAAAGUGGUGGAAUGUCCUGGCAUUUUACUCUUGCUGAUAUAAUGAUUAAGCAACACAGUGCCAGCUAUAGCAUUUUAGUAGUGGAUCACAUCUCUGCAACUAUGGUAGGAUGCUUCUGUACAAUAUGAUAACACCUGUUGUAUUGGACAGUUAUACCUGUUAAGCCAUUGAUUUCAUAGUGGUGAUUAUAUUUGUGUGAAUACAUGUAAUGAUCAUAUUUGCUUUUUAAUGAGAAACUUUUUUAUUCUAUUUUGUCUAUCCAUGGUCUCAUUUUUAUUCUUUUGUUAAUCUUUCCUUGUAGAGGUUGUUUUCAUUCUUUAAGUGAUAAGGUCUUCUUUCUGUUGAGAUUUUAUCUCUAUUUAAAUUAGCAAUGUAAUUUAGAAUUUCUUCUCCACAGUGGUGAUAAUUUUCUAGUUUUAACAACAUGAGAACUGAGCAGACAUGUUUUUUUCCUUAUUUCCAACAUGAUUGGUGGUUUUCAUAGUAAGUUCCAUAGAGGCACUUGGGGCUUCCUAGGGGGAUGGGGCUCGGUGAAUAUUCCAGUGAAUGUCAAACCAAUGACAACUUCAUUUUUAUUCUGUAUUGGAGUUACAUCGAUACCUGUUUAAAAAAGAGUUUGAAAAGACUUUAUAAGCACUAAUUAAGAAUAGAAAAUGCAACUGGGUCUACCCCCCUUUCAGAGUAACUCUGCCUUUGCUUUUUUUAAUUCUACAUUAGGAAACUUUCCUGAUUAGGUUUGAACUAUACCAGUUAUACUAACUAUACACUAUGAUAUACAAUCAUCCAAUAAACAUUUACUGAUGCCUAUUUUUUACCACUGUGAUAGCUGUUGAAUGAUAAAACAAUGACUAGAAUUUGGUCCUGGCCUUUAAGCUCUGCUCACCGUUCUGGGGCUUACCUUCUUGCUCAUUACCUGUCGCUGUAUUACCUAAGAAAAUUUGCCUGACUUUUCUUGAAAGCUAUAUUUUCUCAUUCUAUACCCUUACUCAUCAGUAUUCCAAGUAUUUGCAAUUUGUUUAACAUCUAGAUUUUUUUCUCUCUUUAUAUCGCAUCAGAUUUUGCUUGAUUCAUCUGUCUUAAACACUGUCAGGUUUUCUCGUUUGUUAAAAUUGUUUUAAUUUAAUUUUAUUUGUGCCUUUAUUGAUAGUGUCAUCAAGACUAAAACUUUGAAGGUGAAAAGCAAUCAUUCUAGUCUCUUGCUAGUUGAAAUAAAAGUGUAUGUAUACGCAUUGGUUUCUCUACCUCUUUUACAAGUUAUCUAAGUAAUACCUUUAAGAUCUUUCUUUUUAAAAUAGCUGCUUACUCAGUAAUAGCCUCUUGGUCUGGUUGUUGGUGGGAUAUAAAGCAAAACAAGACAGUCUUCACUGUACUUUGAAAGUGUCUUUAAGUACAGUCUGCUUUCAUAGCAGGACAUUCCAUUUUCAUAGUUUUGCCCCCAGCCCCCAGUAUCUCUUUAGAUAACAGGAAUCUGUGAAUAUAAAAAAGGCAUGAUCAUCUCUUACACUGAUCUAACACAUGGAUGUUUAUAGAUAAUUGUUAUCCAUUUCUUCCAUGUGUUUUCUUUUGCUAAACCCUUUAUUUUCAUCAACUCAAUUUUAGUCCUCACCUUCUGACUUUAUUAGUGGUAUUGGUGGUGGUUUUCUUCUUUGCCAACCAUGCUUGAUCUACAUAACUCAGAAAAUCAUUCUUUUCUGAACUUUAAUAAAUGCCAGAAAGGAUGGUACUGUUCAUACCCAGGGUCCUAAUUUCUUCAUCAGUAAAGCUGAUGUUAUCAAACUGAUCAACUACUAAAAUCUUUGACAUCCAGACUCAGAGAGUCGCUUAAGAUAAGUGUCUUUGUGCCAGGCUAUAGGUAGCAUAAAUCAUCAGAUUCUGUCUGUCUAGUCUCUGCGUCCAGUGGGGUAGGGAGGACCGUGCCAAAGACAUGGUAACUUUAUUUCUGAGCCUCUAAAAUUUAUACAGAAUGCCAGCAGUUCUACAUACAAUACAAGAUUACACAAGGUCUCAUGAUUUACUGGCAGUUAGUUAAAGAUCAAUCGGUUACUAGCAUUUGCUUACUUCUACACAUUAUUCUAUGAUUAUUCAGCAGCUGACUGUUGUUCCCUAAGAUUAAUUUGUCCUGCCAAGAUCAGCAGAGCACAAAUGGGAGAAGCAGGGGUCCACUCAGAGGCCAUGGUGUUCUUUUUCCAUGUUUUCCUCUCGGCAGCCUCAUUUACAGAGGGCCUGGUAGAGGCUCGCCUUCUGGUGGUCCCCUACAUAUCUGAAAUUUUAUUUAAUUAAUAACUUAGCUGGCAGUUAGUUCCAGCCAGUGGUUUUCCUGUAAUACUAGCCCUGUUUCCACCUUAGAGCAUAGAGAUUUAGCAUUGUUGAGUACAGUGAGAAAUGAUGACAAGGUAGUGAGAACCCUAUUGAGUUCCUUUUAGACUUCACAUUUCAAAUUUUCAUGGACUGUUUCGCUACCUUUGUGUAUUGGUGUUGGGAGUCUUCUCCCAGUGGUCUUUUCUGUGUCGAGAGUCUCAAAGCCAGAAAAUAUGAGUAAUGCUAGAUAAAGAUAACCUCAUGAUAACCUUUAUGAUGAACUGUUGUCUGUGCGUUCACAUGACUGAAGUGGGAAUUGUUUCUUUUUGAAUAUUAUAGCUAACUUUAUAUAUAGCAUUAACUGCCUUAAAUUGCUGUAGUAGAAAAUUGAUUAUGCUGUGUGUAUGAAUUUAUAUACAUAUACGAUUAGAAAAGCCUCAACAGUAAGGGUUGUUUAUCCAUAUUCAUUAUAACAAUGAUGAAUAAUUCUGUAGUUUAAAUUUCAGCUCUCAGUAAAAAGUCUUUUUUUUCCCCCCAGACAUUUUCCUUUCAUGGGCAGGCCAUCAGUAGUUUUUAUUCUGCUUGAGUUCUAAUUAAGUGACUCAGUUAACCUAAUAGGCCAUUUUCAGGCAUCUUGAUGAGAAUCAUAACUGGGAUUCCUUAACAUCAAAUAUAGCUCUGCCCCAUCCAUACCUCUUUGUUACACUCUGAAAGGUACCAGUUUCAGGUUAACUUUUUAGUAUGUUUGAUUGUGCCCCUCCCCACUUUGGGUCUUCUGCCCUGUUACAAGAUUGCUGCUUAAGAUAACCCCGGGAAGUACCACUACCCCACUACCAAGUCAGCUCCUAUAUUAUUUUUAAGGAUUGCCUAAAGGUGAUUCAGUCCUGGCUGGAGCUAUACUUACCACUAUUGCCUAAGAUGUAAGAACUCUUUACAAGAAUAGUAAAGCCACUGAUGAUGGAAGAGAAGGAUUCAUUUGCUCCAUAGAGAAAACUUGAUUUUUCUCUAGAAUUUCUCCAAAUUAUAAGUUUGCUCUUUGAGGGGGAAGAUUAGAGAUUUCCUUCCUGUUCCUAACACAGUGUACUAAACCAUGAAACCCAUAAUGUAUUGACUUACAAAGUGUUAGAAUUAUAAAAAUACUUAGCAAUGCAUUUUCCGAUUCAGAUUCUACUGUUCUUCGGCUUUAAAGCAUUUGGCUAUUUUAUAGUGUUAGUCUGUAGGUAACUUGCCAUAUUUCUGGUUCUAUAUUAAGUUCUAGCCUUUACAAUAUUGUAACAUAAAGUUGGUUGUCAGCAUUUGUCUGUAGGAAUAAAAGUCUUCUUAAGUCCCUUUCUCCCAAAGAGAUUUUUCUUUGCUAAGUAAAUCCCUAAGAAAUAUCUACCACUUUCUUUAAGCACAUUCUUGGCUUGUUCAAACAGUGCCGGAAAAGGAGUUUAGGGAGAACUAGACCCUUUUCUGGUGAAUAUGCCUUUGUGCUUAAAAUAUCUUUUGACAAUUUAUGCAACUAAUAUUAUCUACAUAUUGGGAGAAAUAAUCACAAGGGGUAAGCAGGUAGAAUGAAUACAUUAGAGGAUUUUAUUUUAAGCCUCAUUUCUAGAAAAAUGCAGACCCAAACUUGUUGUUUAGUAGACCAGCUUUACCUCAGGCUUCAUUUUUGCCCUUUGACCCUGACUUUUUUAAGGCAUAAAUACUUGUAUCCUUUUAUUAAUGAUAGUGAAACUGUGACACUAACCAUUUUCAUACAAGAGGGCAAAAUAAGAAAAGCUGUAGAGAUAAAGAUGAAAGCAGUUCUGCAAGUUGCUGAGCUAGAUCACAGCAGUGUAGGCAAAAUAAAAAUACUUGAAUCUGAAAAUUCUCUUUUUGCCAUCUUUUCCCAAGGCCAGACCUUCUGGACUUUUGCAGUCUGAGAGGAGUAUCUGAGGUUGGUUGGCAAUCUUCAAUGUACGAAAUAAGAAUGUGGGAAAUAGUUGGCGCAGAGUGUUUUCAUUUAAAGACAAUAUGAAAAGAUGGACAGAGCUGAAUUCUGCAGCUUAGAAAUUUCUUAUAAAAUGUCUAAGUGACACAGAAAAAUACUAUGUAGCAGGAGGGGAAAAAAAGCACAGAACCCUUAGAAGAUUUAAAAACAGAUUUCGAGCAUAGACUUGACACUACCUACUAAUUUAAAUACUACUAACUAUUCUUAACAUUGACAGAGCUAUAGUUUUUAGGCUUUGAGGAGCUGACCAUUAGCAAAAAUCCUAAAAAAUGUGUGUGCUGAUGCCUUCACAAUUAACUAAUUGUUCUUAAAUUAUUUUUUUAGCAGUAAGGUGUGAAUGUGCUUUAGGGUGACUGCCUUGGUAUGUCUGGGAUUGGGGAGUUCUGGAUGCAGAACUUUCAGUGUUAAACCUAGGAAAUAUCCAUCACAAGAGUUGGUUAGCCUAGAUGUUGUGAUUUGACUUCCCUCCCUCAAGGUUGUGAUGGCUGUGGUUAAAUUCAACUCUGCCAUGUGACUGUCGACAUGUCUCAUACUUGGAUAUGUGUUCUCUGCUCACUUAUUACUGUGGAUAGAAUUGAUGACAGAUAAUACCUACUGGCAGCAACAUGAAUAUUUAGUGACCUGGGAAUAUAACUGGUGGCUUAAAGAAAAAAAAAAAAGAAAGAGAACUGCAUACCUUGGCUCUAUAGAGCCUGCAUGUACAUGUAAGUGGAAGUAAUGUCUUCAUUUGCUUACUUUUUAAUGUAUUUUUAUUAGUGAUUUAAUAUUGAUUUACAGGAUUGUAAGAUAAUAAGGGUAUAGUUCCAUACGGUUCCCACCAGUAUUUCUGUGUUCCCCGUUCCCUUCAUUGAAAACUGUAGUACUCUCAGGUACAUGGACUGAUUCUAUACUUACUUAUAGAAGUAAGUAUGUGUAUUUUUUCCAAAAUGUGUUAUUAUUUAAUAUCUGUUUACAAAAUUACAGAUAAUGGGAACGAUUUCACACUGCUGUUUCCAAUGCAAGGUCACAGAUACGGGUUGAGUAUGUCUAGUUUGUUUUGAUGAGUGAGAGAGACACAGCGAAAGACAGACCAAAAAGGGCACUUCUCAGCUCUGGCUUUGGUCACAAGGAUUGAACCUAGAACCUCGGUGCUUUCAGGCAUGCAAGUAGUAUUCUGCAGCUGUCUUCCUUCCCUGAAAUCAUGUCUUUGUAGGGUUCCAUUUAAUCUGAACUUUAAGUUCUUCAUAGUAAAAGAAAAUAAGAGUUGUAAAGGAUUUAUUUUUUCUUGAGGGAAAAUAUGGCCUUUGAUGCUGUAGCCUCUGCUACAUGCCCCAGAUUAUCCUGGCCAAGAAGCCAGAGGUGGUAUUAUGUUUAUUCUCAUUGGGCAUUGUAUUGAGAUUACUAGAUGCCUCAGCCAGUGGCAGUGAAACAACUGGGUGUUCUGACAGGGUGAGCUGUGUUCUCAGUUCUGACAACCUUCUACCCUUCAGGUGCUUAGCAGCUGGAAGGCCAUAGGAAGUGAGAUUCUCCUAAUAGGGCAUUAAUUUUAUAAUGCAACAUAAUGGAUGCAGAGUCUGUUGUUUUCCUUUGGUAGUCUCCAGAGACUGCGUCCUGCACUGUGAUGUAGAUGUAGGUAGCUGUGUUCUUUGUAAGCUUUAAUCCUACAGUUGUUGAAAGUAUGAUGUGGUUCUUUUUUUUCUUUUUUUUUAAUUAAACAAUGAGCUGAGUGCUGAUUACAGCUUGUUUCUAAGUUGAAAUUGUGAAAUACUGAUAACCCCCACCCACACCAAAUAUUUUAAUCUAUUUAAAAUACAAGGAAAAAAAAAACUAGUUCUACUUAAGAUAACAUUGCUUAAGUGUCCUGUGAUUUCUGGUCCAGUUUUCUAUAUAUUUGUGUGUGUCUGUAUGUGCUUUCACUUUUGACCUUGUUUGCUCUUUACCUGUGUUAACAGUACUUUGGACAUUGAAAGGUGAACAUUUUUCCUAGCAUUAAAAAGACACUGAGUUGUUUACUAUG